AUGUAUCGUCGACUGCGCACCGACUCCACAACAAACUACUCGCCCCUCCCUGAGCUGAGUACUCAAUCUCUGAGUCCGGCAGAAAAUAAGGGUACAAACAUGGGGAAGAUUAUUUUGAGUCCGAUUCGAGAGACGCCAGAAGAAAUGUUACCAUACGAAGCAAAUAUGGUACUAAAUUACACUAAAUCAAGACAAAGUGAUGUUCCUGAUCAGACCGCCUUUGAUAAAAUUUAUCGUUUCAAUCCAGAAUAUUUAUCACAUUUCGGAAAAAUUGCAUUCCAUUUGAAAAGUAUUGGAAAAUGGAAACGGAAAGAAUGGUGUCGAUUUUUGAGGGGAUUGAUGCCAAUCACCAUAUGGUUGCCUCAAUAUACAUGGAGAUCCAGCUUCUUAUUUGAUGUACUUGGUGGAUUGAUGGUUUCAGUAAUGAGUGUUCCACAGAGUCUCGCAUAUGGAAUGCUGGUGGGAGUUCCCGCAAACUACGGUCUCAUAACUGGAAUUAUUGGUCCAUUCGUUUAUGCAUUAUUUGGAACUUCAAAACAUGCAUCACCUGGAUCUUUUGCGAUCGUCUCUCUUAUGGUCGGAGCAGUUGUUGAAACUUUCGGAGAGCCCACAGAUCCAAUAAAUCCAGAUUUAAUCAGAAAUGAUGAAUUCUGUUGUCGUGAGAACAAAACAAAAGUUUCCGAAGUUGAAGCAAUUGCAAUUGCAUCUUCUGUCACUCUGCUGGCUGGUCUUUUUCAAAUUCUUCUUGGAUUAAUGAAUGCAGGAUUGUUGGCAGUUUGGCUAUCAGAUCAAUUGGUGCAAGGUCUCAUUUCUGGAGCAGCUGUACAUGUGUUGACAUCGCAAUUAAAAUCAAUGACAGGAAUAUCAAAUGUACCUCCAACAAGUGAACCAUUUCAACAUAUACAGUUCUACGUUUGUUUCUUCUCCCAAAUAAAGAAUGCUGAAAUUCCUGCUGUGAUAAUCUCUGUAAUCUGUGUCAAACUUCUUUUAAUAUCUGCGUAUAUUAUCGAUCCAUGGAUGUGCAAGAAAAUUCCAGUCAAAUUUCCGAUGGAGCUCGUUUUGGUAAUUGGAAUGACGUUAACUGUUCACUUCACAAGAGGCACCUCUUACGAGUUCCCAGUGCAUACUGUAGGAGAAGUCGAGGGUGGAAUGCCUUCGCUGAGAGCUCCAGAGACGAAACACUUGUUCGGAAUGAUAGGAUCUGCGAUUUCAAUUGCCAUCAUAUCAUUUGUGAUUCAUAUUUCAUUGUGCAAAUUGAUUGCGAAGAAACAACAAUACGUUGUUAGUUCAAAUCAAGAAUGGUAUGCUCUUGGUCUAAUGCACUCAACGUCUUCUUUCUUCGGAUGCUUUGCUGGAGGAUCUUCUCUUGGAAGAACAAUGAUGCAAGUGAAAUGUGGAACCAAGUCUCAACUCUCCACAAUUAUUUCAUCUUGCGUUCUAGUUUUGUUUGUGAUGGGAGCUUCUGGAACCAUUCAACAUCUUCCAAAACCAGUUCUCGCAUCAAUUGUGGUAGUGGCUAUGAAGGAUCUUUAUAUCCAGAUUUUUACAUGCUCUGCAUUACGAUAUAAGAAUUUUGUGGAUUAUGUGACUCAUCUUCGCAGCUACAUUCAUUUCUGUGAUCGUACUGAACGUCAACUUUGGUUUGAUUAUUGGUGUGGUUUUCGAAUUGUUAACUGUCGUUUUAAGAUCACAAUGGUUGGUUUCAAUUCUUUUCUCUCACUAAAAUUCUUAUUUAGGGCUGAUAGCACACUUCUAGGAAGGAUACGAGGUACGAAUCAUUUUCGUAGACUUGGUCUUUACGAAACGACCUAUGAUAUUCCUGGAAUCAAAGUUUUUCGAUUCGAUUCUCCACUCUACUUUGCAAAUUCUGAACUUUUUGUUGGACGAAUUCAUGAAGCGUGUGGAUUGAAUCCUCUUAUUGUCCGAGGAGAAAUAGCCGAGGCAGACGAAAAACGAAAAGCAGCUCAAAAGAAAAAAGAAAAAGAAGAUGCGGAAAACCCACAGCCCAAAGAGACAAAGUUAGAAGUAACCACACACCAAGCAAAAGUCUUGGAUGAGAAACAACCGGAGCCCGAUCCAGAUCCAUCUAUUAAGUUUGAGACAACACAACUUACUCAUAUUAUAAUCGAUUGUUCAGCGAUAUUAUAUGUUGAUUUGAUGGGCAAGGAUGUUCUGAUUGAAGUUUUUAAUGACUACAAAACAAUUGACAUAUCUGUUCUUUUUGCAAAUACUCAAGAACGCGUUCGUCAGAUUUUUGAUACGACAAACUUUUUUGAUGAAGUCCCCCAGAAUCGUGUCUACGUCAAUGUUGCAGAUGCAGUUGAUCAAGCUGAAUUGGAACAAAGAAGGAAGAAUGAUGCCAAAUAUGUUAUGAUGAAAGCGGCUCCUAAACCAACUGUUGCUCCUCCUGUUGCUAAAUCCGUUGGACAGAAAUCUGCUCCUCUUGGAGAUAAUACACUUGUCAAAACCCAGAGUUCAGCAUCAUUGGUUACUGGAGUGGAAUUCUCUCCCAGAGAAAAUACUGCAAGAGAGGGUACAAUCCAGAAGAAACUAAAACCGCCUACAAAAGUUCCGAGUAAAUCGAACAUAUUCUGGGAUGACGACUUGGAUAAAACACAAUAA